CCCGUCUGCCGAGGGCAUGGUGUUACGGAAAGUGAAAUCUGCUGCUGUUCUUUCCUCCAUCCCUCUCCAGAUGGUUUUCUACUUCAAUGUGUUUUAUUAUUCUUUUUAUUUUCUCGCCACAUUGCUAAUGAUUAUCUACAAAAGUCAGGUGUUCAGUUUUCCAGAUGGUUACCUGGCUGUUGAUUUGAUUCUUCUGAUUCUCAUGUUAAUUCUGGAAGUGAUAAGGCUAUACUUUGGUUUUAAAGGUAACCUGACUGAAGAGGAGGUUCCGAUUGUUACUAGCCUGGUCCUGACGAUUGGAAAUGUAAUGCUUUCUCUGUACUACUUGUUGUGGCAGACCUAUGUGCUGAAAGCAGAUGUAAUAAUAAAUGCACUUCUCCUGGUAAUCUAUGGAUUGGAGGGGAUUUUGGCCAUAAUCGCUGUUUCAGCUCUUACCAGGCUCUACACAUGAAGUGACUGGAAUGAUGCAUCCUUUGUUUGGGUUACCAAGACAUUUCCACCAUCUGGAGCUAUUCGCAGUUUAUCAAAAGAAUCAAACAACAUUGUUGUUUUUACAAUUUAACUUUUAGUUUUGUGGGGAAAUUUCAGUUGGUUUCUAUGUCUAUCUUUUCUAAGACCUGCAGCCAAGUAUUUUCACAUGAUCCAUCAUGCAAUUGCUUUUGCCCCCUGUAGUCAAUGAUUUUGAGAUGCCAAUAUUCUGCCUUCAGUUUUGCUCAGAUUCUGAGCUGAGCUUAUUGCAUGGAAUGGGUGUCGAACCUCUAUCUGUUCAAGCUUUGUGCUCUGCAGUGAAUGACAUCAUUAUGGUAUCAAUUCUGCUAAAUGAUUUAUUUGCACAAGGUUGAUUCGAAAUUUAGUUCUAGAGGGAAAUGGGAUUUUCUGAAGAGGAAUAAAUUUUAAGUCUUAAGGAUGCUUGGAUGAUAGAGCAAUUUUAUAUAUUUUUGUUAUUACAAAGUCUAGAUUUAAAUUUCUGGUUGUUUUAUAGUACUUUUCACAGCUAUUCACUAACAAGAGGGAUUCAGUCCUGGAUACACAGAUUUUGUGCCAAUUCCUAUUAUAGCUGUGGGCAAACACCUAAUUUUAAUUCCACAUAUUCAAACCUGGUUAUGACGGUUCUAGGAAAGAUGAGAUGAGAAAUCAAAGAGAUUUCCCAUAUUGGUAAUAUAACACUGUGUAAUAAAAUGUUGCUUUUAUAUUCCUGCAGAUUUCAAGGCAAGCACUUUCUUCUCCAUUUUUCAAUUAUGCAGAUCUGAUGGUGGCUAAAACCUUUUAAUACUUUGAACAGGUCUUCGUUAUAAGCAUCUGGACACAUACUAGUAGGCUGUACAAAGACAGCUAUGAUUAACUUUAGCCUUUUCAUUUUCUAAAUUUUAGUUGUGGUUAGGAGCAAGGGACUUAUUCCCCUUGUUCACUAUUAAGUACUGGAUAUGAAUUUAGUACAAGGUUACAAAAAACUGGAAGAUGACCCUACCCUUGGAUAAAAAGGCCAAGGUUGAAGUCCCACCUACACCAGCAGUGUAUAACAUUUCCUCUGUACAGGUUGAUUAGGGAGAAAAAAAUGAAUGGAGAGGUUUUCUUUUGGCCAGCAGAGAUGGUCUCCUUUUGUGCUAUAACUCUUAAAAUAUAAUUGUAGGAUGUGGGUGGAACUGGCUAAGGUAAAAUAUAUUGGCCAUCCCUAAAAGCCCUUUAAAAGAAGAUGGUGAGCAACUUUCUUGAAUCUCUGAAGUACUUGCAGUGUAGGGACAUCUGCAGUGCUACUGAGAGGGGAUUUCAGAUUUUUAAGUAAGUGACAGCGAGGAACAACAAUCUAAUUCCAAGCAAGCUGCAGGUGGUGAUGUUCUCAUAGCUUGACAUCUUGAGGGCACACGUUUGGAGCAUGCUGUUGGAGGAGGAGUUUAUGGGUCUAUAAUUAAUUUGUGAUUGGAUAGUGGGUAUAGGUUACAGUACAAAUACCAGACAUUAAUCUCUUCUGAGAUUCAACAACAGAUCACAGGUGGAUCUUGCAUAGUUUAGUAAAUCAGGACUACCUUUCAGAAAGUAGGUGUAUUUGCAGUUUUUGAGAAGAUAUGUAGCUCAGGUUCUAAGUUUACUCACUGAGCUGGAAGGUUUGUUCUUAAACAUUUUGUCAUCAUGCAAGGUAGCAUCAUCAGUGAGCAUUUGUUGAAGCACUGGUGUCCUGUUUUCUAUUUGUGUCUUGCUCUGUUAAGACAGGUGGUGAUAUCAUUUCUGGUUCAUUUUCUGAGGUCGGUAAAUGGGAUCCAAAUCACUGUGUUUAUUGUUGGAGUUCCGGUUUGAAUGCCAGCCCUUUAGGAAUUCCUGUAGGUGUCUCUGUUUAACCUUUCCCAUGAUGGAUGUGUUGUCCCAGUCAUAGUGAUGACCUUCUUUGUUUGUAAGGAUACUAUUGAUAGCUGGUCAUGGCUAGUUGGUGCUCAUCUAUCCUGGUGGCUAGUUUCCUGUCUGUCUGAUGUCAUGUUUGUUGUCGUCCUUGCAACAUAUUUUGUAUAUGAUACUUGUUUUGCUGAUUGUUGGUACAGGGUCCUUUAGGUACAUCAGUUGUUAUUUCAGUGUGUUGGUAGGUUUGUGGGCCACCUUGGUAUCAAGGGGUCAGAGUAGUCUGUUAAUCAUCACUGAGAUGUCUUUCAUGUAUGGUAGUGUGGGUAAAGUCUCUGGGCAUUUGUGUCUUGUUUGGGUUUAAGAAUCGGUGGACUGUGUUUAUCAGGUAUGCAUUAUUCUUGAUUACGCUGGAUAAUUUUUCUUCCGCUGCUAUUAGUCCCUGGGUGGUGCAAUGUGUUGUGGCCCAUUUAAAUAAUGUCCUAAUGCAGCUCCAUUUAUGGGUAUUGUGGUGAUUGCUCCUGUAAUUGGAGUAUCUAAUCUGUGUGUCCUAUACACACUGGUCUGCAGUUCUCUGGUUUAUUUAGUUUUUAGUUAUCAACUUAAAUUUUUUUUUAAAAAUAGAAAGCCAUAAAGAGCUCCUGUUGAAUAUUGAGACAAAAAACACUAAGUUCCAAAACACAACUUCUCCAAUUUCAAGGGCUGAAACUUUACUGAAUAAGACCCCAUCAGCCUAGCAUUCUAUAUAAAAAUAGUUAUUCAUUCACCUCAAAAAUCACUUUUCUUAAUCAGGAUCUAGGUAAUAUUUGAACAUAGUACCUUCUGUUUAUUUCUAUUAUAGAUCAGUUAAAUAACACUCUGGAGAAUCAGCAGUCUUUAUAUGGGCAAAAUAAUUCAAUUUUAAUUUUUCUUCUCAAAGAGAUAAUCAAGAGCAGGCUGCCCUAUCCUGUGUUCCAUGUUGCGAUUUUUAGUGAACUCCUUCAGCAAAGUCAUUACUUCAUUAUCAAAUUCUGGAGGAGUUGGCUUGGUUUCUGUUUGAAGAUAAAAACAGAUAUCAGAGAUUCACAUUUCAGACUUCAAAUUGAACCAAUGCCUGCUUCAGCCUACAAGCGCAUUUCACAUUCUAAACAGAAAUUAAAAAAUGAGUUGUGUGCACAGGGUGAAUUUCUUCCCUUUCCUAAAGACAUUCUUUCAAGUUCUGAUGCUUAUCGUCUUCAACACUCCUUCCAUUAUCUUCAUUUGUGCUUAGACAAUAGGUAUCUACUUUAAUGAUACAAAUACAAGCUACAGAUACAAUAUGGUGCAAUACUAAACAUUGUUUUCUUUACAUAUAAGAACUUGGACAUCUUUAAUGGUCAAUUUUUAUGUUGCAGCCAGGCAAAAUUAGUUUUAUUUGCAGCACAUGGUGAGUUAGCAAAUCUCGUCUGGAUUAGCUAAUCCUCAACUGAUUCUGUUAACAUUUGCUUCACUGCUCUCCAGGAGUUCCCAUUCCUUGGCAAUUUGUCAUCUUUCUAAUUGUGCAAAUCAACAGUGUUAUCCUCCUUCCCUUUGAGGCUGGAGACGGUAAACUAAUUGUAAUGCUUUAAAUUUAUACCCAAAUUAUAAGCCAACAGUGCAGACCAGAGAUUUUUUGUUUUAUUCUGUACGCAUUAAAACUACAACAUGCCAAAUUUAUCCAUUGAACUGUUAAGAGAUUGGAAAUUACCUUUGAAGUAAUUUAAAAUGUAAAAGAUUCUGAAGCCAAUUAAUUACCUUACAACAAUUAGUUUACCUGCUAAUUUCGGAUGGAGAUGGGGAAGAAUGAGCAUAGUUGGAUAGGUACAUACCAGUUAUCCAAUAGUAAAUGUCCCAAUCAUUGCUCGGUUGAUUUAUCAGUUUAUCGUACAAGCUCAACUGGUUCUCUGUCAUUUUGUUCAGAUAUUUUUUGGCAAAGAAACUGAAAUAAAAAAAUUAGGCAUAA